UCAUGUAGCGCGAAAGCAGAAAUAAAGGGAGGGACGAACGUCGAAAGUGAAAGUAAAGCUGUCACAAGGAAACGUGUAACGUGGAUCAGAGCAGAAGGACGCGACCCAAGGCGACAUGACAAGCAGUGAAUACUACGCAAUGGAUAGUGAGGUAGGAGGUACAACAGGCUACGCAUGCGUUGCUGGACGAGAAGAGGAGAGUACUGUAGAUUCAUGUUUGCAGUCUGAAACCGAAACAUGAAAAUUUAAGACUUCACAUUAACCGCCUUGUCUUGCAUUCACUCAAAGCUGGACCAGCUCUCCCUUAGAACACAGUAUGUAGAGGUCCCUGCAUGUGAAAUGUAAAUGUGACAGGAGGAAUUUCACUAUGUGACCCAAAAGCAAGAGCGGUGUGGGAUGUUUCAGCCUCAGGAGCUGUCUAUACAACGCCCUACAGUUUCCCACACAGCCCCGCUGGGGUUUGCUGAUUACAGUAGAAUAAUGACAUCAUGGAGAUACGCACCUUACUUCUUUCUCCUUGUGUUGCUAAUUGACUUGUCAAAGGAGGAAUGCGAGGACUACUUUGAUUUUUCGAAAGAUAAAAACCUGGCACACAAUCUGACAAGGACGUUCCCCCUGGUAAAGCCUAAGAAUACCACGGACUUGCUACAGUGCAUGGGCUGCACUCUAAAAAAAAGCAAAGGCAGGGACAAACAGUUCCCAUACAUUCUGAAAGACUGCUUUGAAUCGGUCAAUGCCGAAAGUUGUUCUAAUGAAACUUUUGGUAAUAUUUCGUAUUACAACCUAAUGUGCUUGACAGCCAAAGCGCUGGAACUUAACAGUACAGACAUUAAAGCCUGCCAUUUUGGUGACAGUGAAACUCUAUUCAAGCUGCCUUCACUACAGUAUUAUGCAACAACACUAUUGCCACAAACAACAUCAUCAACAUCAGCAAGAACUAAAACAACAACAACAACAUCAUCAAAAACAAUACAGACAAUGUUACCGACAACUAAAACAGCAACGCCGCAAAAAACUAACACAAGAGCACCAAAUAAAACACAGAAGCUGUUGCCAACUUCAGCUGCAACAACAGAAAAAACAGCAGCACAAACGGCAUCAUAUGUAAGAUCCAGUGACAACUUAAAAUCUUUUGGAUCAUCAUCCCCACCACAAGAAAUUGCUUCAUCAGAUAACGUGUUAAAGUACUUUCCCCUAUCGAUGGGCCUCAUCCUGCUCCUGCUAACAAUUGUUUAUCUGUACAAAAGCUUGAAGAGACAAAUCACAAAAUGGAGAGAGAAUAAUGCAGAGAAUUGUUCUGUACCACAAGAGUUGACCGUUUCGCAGCCAAUCACUCAGCCAAGAGUUGCAAAAAGGAAUGAAGAGGAGGGCACCCAGUUUCUGGAUGACCAUAGGCUGCCAUGUCACCUUUAAAUGACAAAACCUGCCCUGACUGAACUGGUGAAAAUGGAAAGCUGCACUAAGGACCACACUGUCAAAACUGCUGCUGUCUGUUUCAUUACGUCACAGCCGUGGGAUCUGGAUACUAUAAUGAAAAGGACAAAAGAAUGACUGCGUGUUGCAAAUGUCCUGGGCCCAAAUUAAGGAAGCCAUCCCAUUCAAGUCCUAUGGCAGUAAAUGAGGAGCUGGACUCACUUAAGCGAGAAAAAAAGGAAACAAGCCCAUCUAGUAAAGCAGGAGGUCAAAACAAGCAACAGGUCAUAACAAACCUGAGCAGAUGCUGAGGACUAGUUACGUGGUGGCGUUAGGUCAGUGACUGCAGAGGCAGAGAGUUUGCAGAUGGCCAGGGAAGUGGACAGUAUUAGUGUUAUGAAAUCAGUCCACGCCGGCUGUCAAACGCUGACGCCAUUCUUCAGUUUUAUACCCUAGGUCAUGGCAUCUUCUAAAUAAGUGACACCUUCACGUCAGCAUGCCAUGCACAAGGCUUGGCUUUCUUGGAAUAUCUAACACUAAUAAUAAAAAACUUUGAAACAAAAGUUUUUUCAAGAUAUGGUUGUUUAACAUGAAAAGCAAACAUUUGCAUGAUGUCACAAUGACUGAGUUGAAAACAAAAUAUGUUUUUGUGUAACACCUUUCAUUAACUUCAGUUUCAGAUUAUUUCAUUUCUAAUUGGAAUCAAUUCACACAUGCGACAAAUUCCUUUGAGGUUUGUAUUUUCUAUAUUUAUUUCUAGUGUUUUUAACAAACUGAAUGUGAUGAUGUGAGCGUUGCCGGUGUUUGUGUACUUGUACUGGUUGUUUUGAAUCAUAUUAGUACACAAUACACACUGAAGCAGGGGACAGGAGCAGAGUUGCACAAUUUCAGUUACAUGUUGCAGCAUGAACUCAACUCCUCCCUGCUUUGGUGUUAGCUGUCCUUGAUGCUACUGUAUGUAUAUUAACAGUAUAACAGUAUAUAGUAUAAUUUAUGUUAAACUCUAUAUGCUACAGUAUAUACAAUUAACCAUGUUCACACAAGUCUGACCCCAGAGCACCCUUGGUAAAAGCAACAUGGUAUUGGUAUUUAAUCUGUGUUUUGAUUUGAACAUACAAUAUUUGACCUUGGCUUUGCCCUAUUAUGUUCCAUAAUUUUUCCAGAACACUGUACCUACAGUAUAAUAACGUCCUCUCAGUAGGUCAUAAGUCUGUGAGAGUGUUGAUCAACGUUUUCAAUUCCAUAGUUUUUAUUUUACAUGAAAAAUAAAGAAUAAAAAGUCUGGAGUUUAGAGAACUGUAAAUUAACUCACAGUACCAGAUGCCCACUGUAGUAAGUGAAAGGAAGUCUGUGGACAAACAGGCUCAGUCAAACACCAUCAGACUGAGCUGGAGUCUCCUCUGUACGUGGUUGAGGAUGUAUCUAUUCGGCUUUUAUUCCAUGACACACACAGAUCUGAUUGUUCAAUUUUCAGUUCUUUUAAAAGAGCAAAGUCCAAACUUCUGAAUUUCCACUUAAAUACUAAAGGUCCUGCUGGCCUAAUGUUGCCUGUUUACUGUCAUGUACUUAAUUUAGGUUUUAAAGCACAAUACGUUGGAGGUUUGAUAGUACUGUGUGUAGACCGUUUUGCUGACAGUCUGAGAAAUUCAACUGUAAAAGCAAAAAUGUUGGACUGGAAUCAUAAACAGUUUAGCUGAAGACAGAUUGUGCCAUCGCCUCAGUCAAGAAUUACAGGUUCUAAGGCUGUUUGUUAACAUUAGCUCCAUUCUAUCUGUCAACUGUGAGACAAACACAGACAUUCCUGUUGGGUACAGUAGCUACUGAAGUGUGAGAUACACACAGAAUGUAGCUUGUUUGUUUGGACAGAUCAAGUGACUGAAGCCAAAGAAACGAUAUGACAUAGAGAAUUAGCUUAAGAAAGGAACAAAGGUUGACAGUAAUUCAUGGCCUUUUAUUCUCACUAUUGGCAUACUGUGGCCCAGCAUACCGUUGGGACCGUAUGGAGCAGCUGCUGUGUGCCUCCAUGUGCGGUGUGAUGGUAUGACAGUCAGUGCAGCAGUUUAACAGCUUGUACUGAUGAGUUUAAUGCUAAUAAAUAAAGUCAAUCAUUAUAUGAAUUACAUGUUUGUAUAGUUCUGAUGGAAGUUGUCCUUAUGUGUGCAACAAUGAUAUUUUUCCUAAUGCUUCAUUAAAUACUUUUUAUAUUUAUA